CCAGUGGACUGUUUCAAGUUCCCCCCGGCUGAAACCCUGCCUGAUUUGUGGGCAAUGUUGGGGAUGUAGAAAAAAAAGGAAACCGGAGCAAAGAGAGCGCAAGGGAGAGAUAGGGAGACAACACUAACUGGGUAGCUAUGGAGAUAGUAGGUUUUCCUGGUAGCUUUCUUUGACAGGUGUCGAGUGGGAUAAAAUAAAGUAUCAGAACAGCCUCCAAGAUGUACGGCAAGGGUAAAGGAGCUGUGGUCCCCUCCGAUAGCCAAGCAAGAGAAAAGUUAGCAUUAUAUGUGUACGAGUACCUGCUACAUGUGGGAGCACAGAAGUCCGCACAGACCUUCCUGUCUGAGAUUCGAUGGGAGAAGAAUAUUACAUUAGGGGAGCCUCCUGGAUUCCUCCAUUCGUGGUGGUGUGUAUUCUGGGAUUUGUAUUGUGCGGCUCCAGACCGAAGGGAGACAUGCGAGCACUCCAGUGAGGCGAAGGCCUUCCAUGACUAUAGCGCAGCGGCAGCGCCCAGCCCUGUGAUGGGCAACAUGCCCCCGAACGAAGCCAUGCCAGGUGGUCCCAUGCCCCCAGGCUUCUUCCAGGGACCACCCGGCUCUCAGCAGUCCCCCCACGCACAGCCCCCCCCACACAACCCCAGCAACCCUAUGAUGGGACCCCAUGGCCAGCCUUUCAUGUCACCACGGUAUCCAGGUGGGCCGCGCCCCGGACUCCGAAUGCCAAAUCAGCCUCCGGGGGGAAUCCCUGGAUCUCAGCCUCUCCUGCCAAACAGUUUGGAACCAAUAAGACCGCAAGGACAUCCUAACAUGGGUGGACCAAUGAGAAUGAACCCUCCUCGAGGAAUGGCCAUGGGCCCACAGAAUUAUGGAGGUAUGAGGCCUCCUCCAAACUCCAUGGGCGGCCCCAUGCCAGGAAUGAACAUGGGUCCCGGAGGACGAGGGCCGUGGCCAGGACCCAACGCUAACUCUAUAGCCUACUCCUCCUCAUCUCCAGGGAACUAUGUGGGUCCUCCAGGCGGAGGGGGUCCACCUGGAACUCCCAUCAUGCCCAGCCCAGGUGAUUCAACUAACUCCAGUGAAAACAUCUAUACAAUGAUGAAUCCUAUCGGGCCGGGAGGCAACAGACCCAAUUUCCCUAUGGGACCUGGGCCUGAUGGGCCAAUGGGAGCUAUGGGAGCCAUGGAGCCACACCACAUGAACGGAUCACUAGGGUCUGGGGAUAUGGACGGGUUGCCAAAGAGCUCCCCUAAUAACAUGGGGGGCAUGAACAACCCUCCUGGAACGCCGAGAGAUGACGGCGAAAUGGGCGGGAACUUCUUGAACCCAUUCCAAAGCGAAAGUUAUUCACCCAACAUGACGAUGAGUGUGUGAUUUUAUUUUUUUCCCCUCUUUUUUUUAUUUUUCUUUAUUUUUCCCCUCCUAUUUUUGUACCCCUGCACCUGAUUAUUUUUUUUUCUUCUUCAAUUCAAUCCUUACUUCACCUCGGAUUGGACCACCCCCCCCCCACCUCACACACACCCUCUCCCCUCCCCGUCCCACCCAUACGGGAUCCGCUGCCCCCCCCCCUCCCUUUUCCCUUCUCAUUCGGGAACUCUAUGGCCACACAGCCUUCUGGGACAGCCCUUGAGCAUGCUGGGACUCUAAUUAAGACGGGCCCUCCUGGAGCAUGCAAGAUGGCCGCCGGUCUGAAUAGGAAGCAGUCACAGAGCAACAGGAAGAGCCUCCUCUCUGACUCCGGCCCCGGCCUCCCUGGCUACCUGUCAGGUUCUAGACAAUGAGCGAGGAAAGGAGGACAAACAGAGAGAAAGAGGAGACUGGAUAACAGCCCUCCCCUGAGGACAAAGCGUUGGGUCUUAUAGCAGCUGCCUGGAAGCUUCACGACUGGACUUUUUAUCGUCUUUUUUUUUUUUUUUUUUUUGCUGUUCCUCCCGACGGAUUCAGUUGAGGGUCGUAUAAAACGACCCCUUUGUCUCCCCCCUCCCCCCCCCACAUUGUUCUCUCUGUGUGUACAUUUUUAACAGAGGUGUUGUGAUGAUCAGUGAACAAUUCUUUCUCCCCCAUUAUUUUGUGUAUGUAUUGUAUCAUUGCUAUUUUUAUUAUUGUAUUAUUGUUAUUAAUGAUAUUGGUAUGAUCAUUUUAAGAUUAGGUUCUAAUUUCUGUUUCUGAGGGCACAUUAUUAUGAUGAAGACAGUACAUGUGCACACAAAUUAGAAAUUGUUUGCUGGGCUCCAUGUGGCUCCAUGUGAGCGCACUGCUCCCUGCAGGUAAGAGUUUAUCCAUCAAGGUACUGAUUGGCCCUUUUUUUCUUUGUUUUUAUUUUAUAUAUAAUCUCAGAGUUUUACCAACCAUCUAAAUUGUCAAACUCCUUGUUCAAUAAUCCAAACCAGAAGAAGAAGCGGCUCCUGUUUUAGUAGCUUCCAUGCAGUGAGAUGCACAGCUCUAUUUAUUUAUGUACUUUAAAUUUGUCUUAUGAAUCAUUGUUACUUUUUUUUUAAAGUGUUAUCCCUGGGUUUCUUUUUGUUAAUUGCAGAACUAGUAGCAACUGUGUAAAUAUGCAGAUCCAGUCUGCAGCGUCUCCUCAUCUCCGUCUGACAUCAUAAGCCCCUCUCCCCCGAGCCCUCAAGGUGCUGAAGACCCCCCCCCCCCCCCCAACCCACUCAUGCUGCUUCCACUAAUGCUUAGGUGACUGUUCACUCCGACAUGUGCGUAGGCUGCGUUAUCGUCUCUGCUGAACCGUAGUGAACACUCGGAUUGUUUUUGUUUGCUGAUGACUUCUCAACACACUGUGAUGUACGUCUGUGCUUUAUGGAGAUUUGCUUUUACACACCGGACAGUUUAGCUCGCAGACGUGUUGUCGUACGUGCGGGGCUCCCUCUGAAAGGACUUCUGGCUCUCUGCUGAUCGGAUACGUGGCGUUUUUAUGUCUGAGCAAAGCAGGAAACGGAAAAAAGGCGUUGCUCUUGUUGACUGUGACGAGUGGCCUCCCUCCCUUUUUUUGCUCAUCUUGAAGAAAAACACCUCCGUCCUUUUUCUCCUUUUCUCACCUUUCCAACGGGCCAGCAUCGACACUCACACACACACCACCCCUUCUCUGAUUUCUUUUGUACAACUCUCUCUCUCUUUCCAUCUUUUCGUUCUAAUUUUUUUGUAAAUACUGUAAAAUGCAUUUUGAUAUCAUUGACAUGUUUUGAUAUUUUCAAAUCACAACAACAGUUCAGAUCAGAAACGUGCUGAUUCGGGGCGACUUGUGUGUUUGUUCAGAGAUGGUGUGUCUUUGAUGAUGAGAAACAAACUGGAGCUGCUAUAGACUAUUAUGCUAUUUCACCUCAUCACAGACGGACGCGGCGCUUUACUGUGCAUCAGAGCUGUAGCGUCGAGGGGUCUAAGGGGACGAGGGAGGACAAUUUUGUAAUGAGUGUUUGAACGCCUUUUAGCUAACUCACAGUCACAGAUUUCCUCGACAAAUCUUUAAAUUAAACAUGAGUCUUGUCCAGAAGCCUCCCUCUUCUGUCCUUGGAAGGUUUUGAGUGAGGUGGCCAGAAAGCCACAAAACAGGCAUAUUUUUCACUGUGUUUGACGGGGACUUUGCAAGAACAGAGCGAAAGGCCAGUUUUUCAUAAUUAAAUUUGUCCCUUCCACGUCUGCCUCAGACACACUGCAUUUAACUACCCUUUUGACACAACUGAAACUGAAAGCAGGCCGCACAGGACACUGGCUUUCAAUCCGACACACCAGGUACAAGAGUACAGACUUUACUAUGAAGGAUUUUUUUUUUUUUUUUUUUUUUUUUAUCUAUUUAAAAUGGGGUGGGGAGAAAUGUUUUGGGAAAGUAAAGAGAAAAAAAAAUAAUGGACAGAUUUGUUCUUAUUGCUAAAAAGAGGUAGAGAGAGUGUGAGAACAGGCGUUUCCGCUCCUGUACUUUGAAAUACUGUUGUAUAAAAUGCAGUCGAAUUUCUCUCUAUCUUUCUGUCCUGUAAGUAAAACCGUCACAACGUUGAUCAUUUCUGUAUUUCUAUUGUGCUGAUGUAUAAUACUGUAACAUUCAGGGGUAGGGAGGGUUAAGAGAGGAUCUUUUUUGAGGGGAGUAAAAAUUUUUCGGUUCAGUUCCUCAUUUUUUUUUCCUCUUGAUGACAAAGCAGUAUUGAAUAUGAGGCAGUCUGUCCUUGGGGAGUUGCUUUGUAUCUCAUGUUAGGGUAGUUUCAGAUCCUAAAUGUCUCGUGUAGUAAAAUGAGAGGUUCCUUCUUCGUACGUUUCUUUAUAUUGUAAAGUUUCUUUAGACAAAAAAAUGUUGCUUAUUGGAAAAAAAAGGUGGGAAAAUGCAUUGAUAAUUGUAAUUUCUUUUUUUUUUUUGGGUUUUGUUUUAAUUUUCAUCAAGUUGUCAGUUGUUUUUGCCUGUGUCCCCCUUGUUGUAGAUACAUAUUAAAAACAAAUAAAAUGACUUCACUCCUUUU